GUCGUUUCCCAUUUUGCCCCUCCCUCGCCUCACUCACUCGCGAUUCCCCUCCUCUCCUCACUCACUCUGAAAUCCCUAGCUCGCCCGCGCCGCUCUUCCUCUGGCCCGCGCCGCUCUCCCUCUCGCCCACGCCGCUCUCCCUCUGGCCCGUGCCGUUCUCCCUCUCACCCACGCGGCUUGCCUGCGUCUACGUCGCCGCUUCUCCCUUUCGCCCGCGCCGCCUCUCCCUCUCGCUGGCUUCGCAUGCGCCACCUUCUCCUGCUCAAGCCAAAGCUGGCUUUUUUACUGAAGUCCAGGAAGAGCAGCAGUAGUGCGGGGCAGACAGCCUUGUCCUGCUCGACGACGGUGGCAGCGUUCUCCGGCUCGACGACGGCGGCGACAAACGCUAGCGCUCCUCGUCUUCCUCGACCUGCAAGGAGGAGCACCGGUACUGGAGAUGCGGCUGCUGCUGCCAGGUCUGCACGACGUGGAGGUCCUGCAGAUGCGGUUGCUGCUCUGGCGGGCGAGGGGGAGUUCAAGCUGCCGGGCGACUUCAACUUCAUCUUCAUCUGCAGAUCAGGUGGAGUAUUUGCUUGAGGUCCAGGUUCAUCCUCUUCUGGUGGAGAACAAUUCAGGCGCGUACGAUUCGCUUGAUUCGGGUGGGAACAUUACAAUCAAGUGGGCACUGGAAUGAUCAUGUGAUGCACUGUUUGAAGUUAAGACUAAUUCAGUUCAGUCUGUUUGAAGCUAAGACAAAUUUCCUUGGCAUUUCACUAGAUGUGGUGUUAAUGGCCUGAAGAUUUUAUCAGAUUAUCCACCAUUCAUCCUGCAACCGGACUGGCAAAUACUGCUGAAUAUGUUCAGAUGCAGAAAUUGGAACAAAGGAAAACAUCACAUGCUCCGACCAGAUUAAUUUCCAACUUAGCUGGAUGCCUAGUUAUGGGAAUCGACCAGAUUAAUUUCCAACUCAGCUAGAUCCUUGCUAUGGAGACAGAGGAGUCGUAGGUUGGGCAUCGCCCCCUCCUCAAAUCCCAGGUACGCCAUAACAUCUCCUUGUCUCCCCUAUCAGUUCAGUUCAGUCUGUUUGAAGCUAAGAUCAAUUCAGUGCAUGCCCCUAUCGCUACAGAAGUGCACAUCAGCUUUCUCAUUCUUACAUGAGCAAAUUUCAUGAAAAGAAUCUUCUAUGGGAACACAUCGAUUUGGUUUUUUUUUCAAAUGCAGGAGUACUAUGGAUUACAGAAGAAUUGAUUUGUAAGAUUGCCCACAAGUGAUACUGUGCAGAAAAUUGUGAAAUUAGUCUGACUUCUAUUGUACAGAAGAAUUGAUUUGUAAGAUUGCACACAAGAAUUGAUCUGAGUUCUGCUGUUGUGCAAGGGGAGAGGCGAGGAGAACCUGCCUGGAAGCAACGUGUUGCGGCGGCGGGGACGAGCUAGGUGGGCUGGGCGCGGCGAGGACCAAUCUGGGGCGGCGACGACCAAGCUGGGCGGGGGCGGCUACCAAGCAGGCACAGCGGCGGCCAAGCUGGGCGGGCGCGGCAGCAACCAAGCGGGCGCAGAGGAGGCCGAACUGGGCACCUGGGAUCGGGACCGAGUGCCUGCAGGCGGGGCCCGCGCGCUUGGACGAAGGGGAUGACGCGAGCUCCUGCAGGAGGAAGACGGGACGCUGGAGAAGGAAGACGGGCGAGCUCCUGUAGGAAGAAGACGACGCGAGCUCUGGAGGAGGAAGACGACUCAAAUUUCAAAUCGAGGGUAAAACUGUCCAUUUCCCCAUUUGUCGGCUAUGUCUGAAAAUUGUAAACGCUCUUAUAAAAGUUUACAGAGGGAGUAUUUCGCAUUCCUUUUGAAAGCAUUACUAAUAAUGUUUUAUUUCGUUCCUCAAAAAAUAUAUUUUAUUUUGAGAUUGUCAAGAAAAAAAGUGUAAUUUUGAAAACUUCCAACGAUUAAUAAAAGUUAAAGAUGAAAAGUAAAA